GGGAUUGAUGGCUUUAAAAAACCACUCUCUCCGUCAAGCCUGGGGUGGACUUGUUUUUCUUUCCUUCUCUACAAGGCAAGGAUUUGCCUGUGACACGGCACGUGAAACUCCUUCAAUUUGGCGCACUAAUCCUAAAAUAAGGCAUGAAGUGUUAAAUGUUAGAAACACACAGAACUGCGCUCAGACAAGGAGAAAGAGAGGGAGAAAACGGAGGAGAGAGAGACGCACGCGCUACUCCGGUGCGUCUGUGCAGAGUGCUAAAGAGAGAGAAAAAAAAUAACAAAAAAACGUGCGCUGCGCAAUUAGGCUAGAAACCCUUGUGUUUUUUCUCUCCGUUUUUUGGAAGAUAAAAUAAAUAAAGAAAUCAAGCUGGCUCAGUGCAUGUCACAGCAGCCCGCUUUGACAGGUGCUGCUCAGCCCCUUUGGAGGACUGCUUUCAGCAGCAGCAGGAUGGCAUCAGAACUGGCAAUGAGCAACUCCGACCUGCCCACCAGUCCCCUGGCCAUGGAAUAUGUUAAUGACUUCGAUCUGAUGAAGUUUGAAGUGAAAAAGGAGCCGGUGGAGCCGGAUCGCAGCAUCAGCCAGUGCAGCCGCCUGAUCGCCGGGGGAUCCUUGUCUUCCACCCCGAUGAGCACGCCUUGCAGCUCGGUUCCCCCUUCCCCAAGCUUUUCGGCGCCCAGCCCGGGCUCCGGGAGCGAGCAGAAGGCUCACCUGGAGGAUUUCUACUGGAUGAGCGGCUACCAACAGCAGCUGAAUCCCGAAGCGCUGGGCUUCGGCCCCGAAGACGCGGUAGAGGCGCUGAUCAGCAGCAGCCACCAUCUCCAGUCCUUCGAUGGCUAUGCUAGAGGGCAGCAGUUCGCCGGGGUGGCCGGGGCAGGAGGCGGCAUGGCCGGGGAGGAGAUGGGCUCAGCAGCCGCUGUGGUAUCCGCUGUUAUCGCUGCAGCGGCAGCGCAGAACGGAGGUCCCCACCACCAUCACCACCACCACACCGGGGGACACCACCCCUCCACCGGGGUCCCGUCCAACGUCAGUUCGGCAGGCAGCCAUCAGCACAUAGGACACCUGGACCUGGACCUGGACGACCGGUUUUCGGACGACCAGCUGGUGACCAUGUCAGUACGGGAGCUGAACCGACAACUGCGCGGGGUCAGCAAGGAGGAGGUGAUCCGGCUGAAACAGAAGAGGAGGACCCUAAAGAACAGAGGCUAUGCCCAGUCCUGCCGCUACAAGCGGGUCCAGCAGAGACAUGUUCUGGAGGGCGAGAAGACGCAGCUGAUCCAGCAGGUGGACCACCUCAAGGCGGAGAUAUCGCGGCUGGCCAGGGAGCGAGACGCAUACAAGGACAAGUACGAGAAGCUCAUAACCAACGGCUGCAGGGAAAACGGAUCUGACAACACCUCAUCGUCCCCAGAGUUUUUCAUGACGUCGAGAAAGUUCCUCCAUCUGUGAUAGUGACCCCUGAACCCUGCACAUGACCCUUGACCUGGAGUCUGAGGUAACGUCAGCCAUCUCAUUCCUUCUCCUCUUCAGUUCACUGCUCACCAUAGUUUUUUAUUGUUUGUUUAUUGUUGCUAUUUGUAAUACUUGUUAAACAAAUACAGGUAUUUAGCAUUUUAUGUUCAAUUGUACAAUUAUACUGAAGGAUAUACACUUAGUGUACAAAACAUUAUGAACACCUGCUCUUUCCAUGACAAAGCUGUGAUCCCUUAUUGAUGUCACCUGUAAAAUCCACUUCAAUCAGUGUAGAUGAAGGGGAGGAGACAGGUUAAAGAAGGAUUUUGAAGCCUUGAGACAAUUGAGACAUGGAUUGUGUAUGUGUGCCAUUCAGAAGGAUAAUGGGCAAGACAAAAUAUUCACUGGUUUGAGUAUGUCAAGAACUGAAACGCUGCUGGGUUUUUCCCACUCAACAGUUUCCCUUGUGUAUCAAGAAUGGUCCACCAGCCAAUUUGACACAACUGUGACAGACUAUAGGGAGGAAGUCAGAGACCUGGCCGUGUGGUGCCAGGACAACAACCUCUCCCUCAACGUGAUCAAGACAAAGGAGAUGAUUGUGGACUACAGGAAAAGGAGGACCGAGCACGCCCCCAUUCUCAUCGACGGGGCUGUAGUAGAGCAGGUUGAGAGCUUCAAGUUCCUUGGCGUCCACAUCACCAACAAACUAACAUGGUCCGUGCACGCCAAGACAGUCGUGAGGAGUGCACAACAAAACCUAUUCUCCCUCAGGAGACUGAAAAGAUUUGGCAUGGGUCCUGAGAUCCUCAAAAGGUUCUACAGCUGCCCAUUCAAGAGCAUCCUGACUGGUUGCAUCACUGCCUGGUAUGGAAACUGCUCGGCCUCCGACCGCAGUUUUUUACUUAACACUUGUUUUUUUUAAUCUUAGAACUUAUUAAAGCAUUGUUGGUUAAGGGCUUGUAAGUAAGCAUUUCACUGUAUGGUGAACUCGGCGCAUGUGACAAAUAACAUAUGAUUGGAUUUGAUCCAUGUGGAAUGCUUUUGACACCUUGUAGUCCAUACCCCGACGAAUUGAGGCUGUUCUGAGGGCAAAGGAGGUUCAUCUCAAUAUUAGGAAGGUGUUCCUAAUGUUUUGUACACUUAGUGUACAUAUGAAUGGUAUUUACAUUUUAAAUUAUCAUCAUUGACCAUAAAGAUUGUUGAAAAAUAUUUACCAAAUAAUUGCCCGUUUCUCUUGUAAAAUGGUUUCACUAUUUUACAGAAUUAUUUUGCACAUUUUAACAUUUGCUGAUAUAUUUGUAGAUUUUAUAGUAAUUGUUCACAGUCUUCAGAGUGAUAGAAACACACUUCCUCACCUCAGAACCUUUUCUGUGUUGAUUUGUUUAGAUCUGAGCUGAUUUUACCACAGUAUGUAACCCUCUGAAUGUGUCUCUAUACAGUGAGACAGUCCAGGCGAUAGGCUGGCCUCUGUUUUCUGUACCUCUGGUGAAGCUGUGUGUUGACAGUCUGUGUGUUCUGGUUUUGCUGGAAGCCAGGGCUAGCUGUAUAGGAGAGUGGGGUAAGUUGAGCCAAUGGGGGUAAGUUGAGCCACCCUUCCUUCUAGGAAACCAGACACAAAAUUAAUCAUUUGACUAAAUAUUUAGGAAGAGGUCUUCAUUUCAUGGAGUCUGUGAAGGAUGAAAACAUGGAAAAAGUGGUAAGCAGGUUAGGUCCAAAAAAGUAGAUAAUUUAUAGGUUUUUCUAUACAUCAUUUGGGGUUCUCUAUAAGCUUCCAUAUGAGGUCAUAAACCUGACAUGAAAGUGCAUCCUUGUAGCUGUCUGGGCUAAUAUUGUCAAAAUGUUUGCCUUGGGGUAAGUUGAGCCAAUGGCCUUGGGGUAAGUUGAGCCAAUGGCCUUGGGGUUAGUUGAGCCAAUGGCCUUGGGGUAAGUUGAGCCAAUGGCCUUGGGGUAAGUUGAGCC